AUGGCCCUGAAUGCAAACGCCAUGCGGGCGAGGAACAUCAUCCAGGGAAAGCGCAAGCGCGCCAAGGUCGACUACCGCGCCGUGGCGCGCGAGAUCGAGGCAGAGGAGCGGCGCCGCCAGGGAGUCUUCUCCGAUGGCUCCGAUGGAUCUCAAGGUGAAGAGGCCAUCGAAACCAUGACUCCGAAGGAGUGGUCCGCCAUGCAUGCGUCGCAGUGCGCGAAGGCCACGAAGCUCUUCCACCAGUGGAUGCUGUCGACGUGUACUCCCAGGCAUGACGAGCUCCUCAAGCGCAAGGGCAAGCUGGUAACCCGGCUUCCUGUGUCGCUGAUUGGGCCGGGCCGGAUCCUAUUGCAGAAGGGGCUGGCCUCCUAUGGCAUCACCCUGAACUUCCACGCCCAGGAGACCACGGUCGCUGUGGACGCCACAGCGCGCCAGCGCUACCAGGCGCGGCAUGUUGCCGAGUGGCAGGCCGCCAAAGCGAAGCUGGCGUCCAAGCCGCCGGCGCGGGACCCUCAGGCCCGGCCGACGUUGCGACUGGAUGCCCCUGCGCCGGAGCCCUCAGGCCAAGAAGAUUCCAAGGAGCCGGAGUCCGGAAACACGCCGCGCCGGAAGCGACUUCGCCGAAUCGUGGACUCGGACGAGGAGGCGCCCGUGGCCCCUGAAGCCAAGGUGCAACCGCAACCUGCGGCAGAGGAGGCCGCCGGCCCGGCAGAGACAGCAGCGCCUCCCAUGGCCGAGCAGCCGGAAGAGACGGCCGCACCGGCCGAGGAGGUGCCUGCUUCGACUGCCGAUUCGAUGGAGGCAGUUCCCUGCUCAGCCGAGGUGCUCCCCCCUCCGGCCGAGGAGCCUCUCGAGAAGACGGUGGUGAAGGUGAAGGGGGCGCUUGAGGCCACGCCGGCUCCACCUGCUGCAAAGGUGUUGGAGAUGCUGACCUUUCUGGAAACACAGCGAGUGAAUUCGGAGAUCAUGCUCUCCACAAAGAUCGGGGCCACCGUCACAGGACUCAGGAAGACCUACGCAGGCUAUCCCACUCUGGCCCAGCGCGCCAAAGACCUGGUCCAGCGCUGGAAGAGUGAGUACGAGAGAGAAAGGGCUCUCAGGGUUUAA